AAGCAAUUUGCCAUUUCCGCUUCGAUUGGAUCAGAGCUAGAGAGAGAAAACAGAAACAGAAUCAAUGGAGUUUUCUAUGUGUAAUAAUAUUAAUAAUAAUAUUAACAAUUCUAUGUUCUUCGAUUCCUCUUCCUCGUCUUCUUCUUCUUCUUCUUCUUUCUUCUUCUUCUUCUUCUUCUACAACUAUCAACAACCCUAAUUUUUUAGGAUGAAAAACGACCCCUUUUCUCAAUUCCAUCAUCGCUUUCUUCUUUCCUUCAUCAUUUCAAUCGCCAACCCAUUUCUUGCUUCUUGAUCAUCAUCAUCAUCAUCUGUCCGGCCUUCUAGUUGUCAAUCCAAGACCGUGACGGUGUCUCUCUCUUUUUUCCGCCUUGGAGUUUUUGUUUCUUUUUUUUUUUCUUCUGAAUAAUCCUAGGGUUUUUCCCCCCUCUUUUUGUUGAUUCUGCGUGAGGUUGCAUCAUGGAGCCUCGAGUUGGAAACAAAUUUAAACUCGGUCGGAAGAUUGGAAGCGGAUCGUUCGGAGAGAUCUAUCUCGGUACUAAUAUUCAGACGAAUGAAGAAGUUGCAAUUAAGCUUGAAAAUGUGAAGACGAAACAUCCACAACUGCUGUAUGAAUCAAAGCUAUAUAAAAUACUACAAGGAGGAACUGGAAUUCCAAAUGUGAGGUGGUUUGGCGUCGAGGGAGACUAUAAUGUUCUUGUGAUUGAUUUGUUGGGCCCUAGCCUUGAAGAUUUAUUUAACUUCUGCAGCAGAAAAUUGUCUCUUAAAACUGUUCUUAUGCUUGCAGAUCAGAUGAUCAAUCGGGUGGAAUUUGUCCAUUCCAAGUCCUUUCUACACCGGGAUAUCAAACCAGAUAAUUUUCUUAUGGGCUUAGGCAGGCGUGCAAAUCAGGUCUAUGCCAUUGACUUUGGGUUAGCUAAAAAGUACAGAGACACUUCAACUCAUCAGCACAUUCCUUACAGAGAAAACAAGAAUUUGACAGGAACUGCAAGAUAUGCAAGCAUGAAUACCCAUCUUGGCAUUGAACAAAGCCGCCGGGAUGAUUUAGAAUCACUUGGAUAUGUUCUUAUGUAUUUUUUAAGGGGGAGUCUUCCUUGGCAGGGACUUAAAGCAGGAACGAAGAAACAAAAGUACGAAAAGAUUAGUGAAAAGAAGGUCUCCACUUCUAUAGAGGCCCUUUGUCGUGGAUAUCCUACUGAAUUUGCUUCAUACUUCCAUUAUUGUCGAUCAUUAAGGUUUGAUGAUAAGCCAGACUAUGCUUAUCUAAAAAGACUCUUCCGUGACCUUUUCAUUCGUGAAGGUUUUCAGUUCGAUUAUGUGUUUGAUUGGACCAUUUUGAAGUAUCAGCAAUCCCAGAUAACUGCCCCACCUACUCGUGCCAUUGGCGGUGCUGGACCAAGUUCUGGAGUACCUAUGGCUAUAGCAAAUGCUGAUAGGCACACUGGUGGUGAGGAAGGUCGACCACCACCGAGUGGCUGGAUAGCGGCAGACCCCUUGCGAAGGAGAAACUCUGGUCCAGUUACAGGCACUGCAAAACAAAAACCUCCAGUCACAAACGAUCACGCUAUUGCCAAGGAACGCAUACUACCAAAUUCCAAUAUUAUACAAUCAAGUGGAUCAUCAAGACGAGCUGCAAUCGCUAGCACCCAAGAUAUAGCCCUCCUUGGAUGUGAAUCCGACCCAACUCGCCUUGGAAUUCCAGAUCCAAGCUUUGGAGCUGUACACAAAAUCUCUAGUGCACAAAGGCAUUCACCAGCUGAUCAGAACCGUUCGACCUCGGCUAGAAACAUAUCAGGCAUCAGGAACUUUGAGUCCACUCUUAGAGGUAUCGAAAGCCUCCAUUUUAAUCAAGAUGAGAAGGUUCAAUAUUAGCGGUUAACACUCGCGUGCUCGCUAUCAAGCAAUACCUAUCUGUUGUAAAUACGGUUGGGCGGUCGAGCAGUUGUGCUUUCAUUUGUGUUUUUAGGAAAGCAACAGCAGCAAGUUGGAAAGGAAGAACAUUUUACUGUCACAAAAGAAAAAAGAAAAAGAAAAACGAAAGAAAAAAAAAAAAGAAGAAGAAGGUUCUAGGAAAGAGGAGAUUAUUAUUAUGGUGGUUCAAUGAAAGCCAUUUUAUUUAAUAGUUUGGGUUAGGUAGUGGCUUCCUUUUUGGCCUUGGGUUCUCUCUAAUUUAUUUUGUUGGAUACUGUUUUGUUGUAUUUUGUUUUUGGUAUUUGGUCCUCGGCUUUUGUUUUUGUUUUUUUUUAAUUAUUAUUGAUAUUGAAAUGUUAAUGAACAAACGAAAUGUGUAAUUAGUUUUUAGUUGUUUUA